AUGAGAAUAAGAUUUCACUUUGCAGCCUCAUUUCCUCCAUCUCUCGUCUCUCUCUAUCUCGGAAGUUCUGUGAGGAGGGCCCAAAAUUUGAUCCAUCAUCAUGCUUCUUCAUCCAAUCUUACUCAGCUUCCAAUCUUCCAUUACCCACUGCAAAGCAUUGGAGAGAGAGAGACGACGCUAUCAAGGUUUCUUCAGAGCUCCACCCGUUUUCUCCAGCUAUCUCGCCACCGCAGGGAGCCUAGCAUCGCCGCCGCCAUCUCUACUGGAUGCCACCCUCAGCCUGCCGUAUCUCUCCGUCGUCGGCGUUGCCUGGUGGAAAAGGGAAGCAGCCGUCGUUUACUAUUCGGUAAGAUCGAAGACAUGCAACCCAGAUUCGAGUGCAAAUGUGGAUUUUUAAACUGCUCCGUAGACCUAAUUUCGCACACGGACUCAAAAUACCAAGAUAUUCACAAAGAUCUUGAACUUCAAGAACAGAUUUGUUGACAUUGCUUAUACGGAGGUGUAUACAAAUAUCAAGAUAAGUAUACUAUGUGUAUUGAAAUUGUUUGGAUGCAGAACAGUCCCCUGCUAAUGGUUAUACAUUAUGUACAUAUAAAUACAAAUAUCAAGAUAAGUAUACUAUGUGUAUUGAAAUUGUUUCCAUGCAGAAUAGUCCCCUGCUAAUGGUUAUACACUGUAAAUUACUCCGUAUACCAUAACACACACACACGUACUUCCUUAUCAUGAAAGCCACAUUCUUUGCACUUAAUGGUUGUUGCGCCUCUUCUUACAGGAACUUCAUAAGUACGUACCAACAUCAAUUUGAUAGCACUUGUGGUGUUCAUGGGAGCUAUAUUCUGACCCAGAAUGAAUAACGGAGCCAUGGGUGUGUGUCCAAUACAAUAUGCUCUGAAAGUGAAUUGAAGCUUGAAGAUGUGCAGACACAUUCCUAUGAACCUAAGAUAUAUAUAUAUAGGUAAAUCUGGGAGACACAUUGUGGAGACACGCAUACAUGUUCCCAAUAGGAUUAUUAAUAUAUACAUUUAUACCAUUCAUGUUUGUCUUACUCUGAAGAACAGCCAUGUGCUCUUACGUAUAUUCCCACCAGCCUAUUAAUAUAUACAUUUAUACCAUUCAUA